ACUAGUCAGUCUACUACACACUCCACUCACAAGCGUCCAGAGUUUCAUCAGAAAGGAGCUGAACACAGAGCAAGCAGAAGCAUCUCUCUCGACGGUAGAUCUGAGCAAGCUCCCGUGACGCGACCAGAGAUCUGUGCAGCUCCUCUCCUACCUGCCUCCACCUCACACGCCGAGCCACACAACCCGCAGUCUCCAUCAUGGCCGACAAGAUAGCGUCCCUGGGCCACGCUCUGCUGCGCCGCCGAGUGCUGGACUUCUCUGGAGAGGAGACCCGAUUCGCUCGCUGCCUGUCCACGCUGGACCUGGUGGCUCUGGGCGUGGGCUCCACGCUGGGGGCGGGGGUGUACGUGCUGGCGGGGGAGGUGGCGCGCGAGAAGGCGGGGCCGGCUAUCGUGCUGUGCUUCCUCAUCGCCGCACUGUCCUCCAUGCUGGCGGGACUGUGCUACGCUGAGUUUGGCGCCCGCGUGCCCAAGACGGGCUCGGCGUACCUCUACAGCUACGUGACGGUGGGAGAGAUCUGGGCCUUCAUCACGGGCUGGAACCUCAUCCUCUCCUACGUCAUCGGAACGGCCAGUGUGGCCCGAGCGUGGAGCUCCACCUUCGACAACCUGGUGGAACAGAAGAUCUCGGGGUUUUUCCAAGCUUCCAUGGCCAUGAAGGUUCCUGGCCAGGUUCUAGCAGAGUACCCCGACAUUUUUGCCCUGGUCCUGGUGCUGCUUCUCACUGGACUGCUGGCAUUUGGCGUUAGCGAGUCGGCGCUGGUCAACAAGAUCUUCACUGGCGUGAACCUGGUGGUCCUGGGGUUCGUCAUCAUCUCUGGGUUUGUUAAAGGAGACUCCGCCAACUGGAACCUGACCCUGGAGGACUACCUCCACACCUACUCCAACAGCACCAACGAAUUAACACCAUCACAGGAGACGGUGGAGAAGGUGUUUGGUGAAGGAGGCUUCGCUCCGUUCGGUCUCAGCGGCAUCUUGUCUGGAGCUGCCACCUGCUUCUACGCCUUUGUGGGCUUCGACUGCAUAGCCACCACCAGCGAGGAGGCCAAGAACCCCAUGCGCGACAUCCCAGUGGGCAUUGUGGCGUCGCUGCUCAUCUGCUUCUUCGCGUACUUCGGCGUGUCGGCCGCCCUGACCCUGAUGAUGCCCUACUACCUGCUGAACACCCAGAGCCCCCUGCCCGAGGCCUUCAGCUACGUGGGCUGGAGCCCCGCCCGCUACAUCGUGGCCGUGGGCUCGCUCUGCGCCCUCUCCACCAGUCUGCUGGGCUCCAUGUUCCCCAUGCCCAGAGUCAUCUACGCGAUGGCGGAGGACGGACUGCUGUUCAGGGUUCUGUCUCGCAUGAACGAGCGCACCAAGACUCCCCUCAUGGCUACUAUUGUCUCUGGCUGCGUGGCAGCUCUGAUGGCCUUCCUGUUUGACCUGGCUGCUCUGGUGGACCUCAUGUCUAUAGGGACUCUCCUGGCCUACUCUCUGGUGGCCAUCUGUGUCCUCAUCCUCAGGUACCAGCCAGGCAGCCUGAACUCGUCCAGCCAAACAGAGAAGCUGGUGGAGCUGGUGGGCGGGGAGAAGGUUGCGGCGGGCGGGGACAGUGGUGACGAGUAUGAGGACCAGCCAGUCAGGGAGAGUUUCUCUCCUCGCUUGUUGUUUUUCCCGAGUGGAAACACGCCCACACAGACCUCUGGAACCAUUGUCUACGCCACCACAGCAGUCAUCUCGGUCCUGAUAACGGUUCUGUGUGUGGUUCUGGCAAACCAGCUGUCUGCGCUGGUGGAGGCCCGGCCUGCUUGGCUGGCUGUGUGUGUGGUUCUGGUGCUGCUGUGUGGCCUGUGUGUCAUCAUCAUCUGGAGACAGCCUCAGAGCAGGGAGGCCCUCACCUUUAAGGUGCCCCUGUUGCCAUGGCUGCCAGUAUUCAGUGUGUUCGUUAACGUGUACCUCAUGAUGCAGCUGGACAUGGGAACCUGGAUACGCUUCUCUGUCUGGAUGGCCAUAGGAUUCCUCAUCUACUUCUUCUAUGGUCUGCAACACAGCAGUGCAGCAUCCAGCUCCUCCCCCUCCCUGAAUAAGAGUCCUAUCUACCUGGCAGGCUCGGCUGAAGACAGUGAUGCAGAGGGGGGCAGGUCUUAAGAAGGGUUCGGAAUCAGUUGUGCGUAUGGGAGUGUGGAUGGGAGUGUGCGUGCGCAUGUUUUGGAAGUGUUAGGUUUGAGGGGAGGUGGGGCCGGCCUAGAAGGAGGGGGAGCUCCUGGUUCCAAACGGGUCCUCGACUUGAUUCAUCCAAAUGUCUGUGAGUGUGGUGUCUGUCUGGGUUUGCUUGGGGCUUCAACAUGUUAUUUUUAGAUACCCCUGUCUUAGGUGCCCCUGGUCCCUGAUGAUGUUCACCGAAUGUGACAAGACAGGUUGUCUGUUUUGAAAAGAACGCAUCGAGUGCGGGGUAACCCUGGGGUUAGGGCUAUGGAUAGGGCAGGGGUCGGCAACCCUUGACCACUUAUGUGGCUCCAACAACAUUUUAGGAUUAGUUAAACAAUGUAUAGUAAAUCAAACCUAAUAUAGUCGCAAAUGGGGUUUUGGGAUUCAACCAUAGCAAGUCCAACGAGCAUUAUGGGCUUUUAAGAAUUUAAGAUUUUGUGCAAAAGCGUAAACGGGUAAUAAGAUUUUUUUUUUUGUGCCAUCCAACUCUACCAGUGGAGCCUAGACUGUAUAGACAUAAACAAAAACAAGUGAAUCAAGUGGUGUUUGAAUCAUGUUUAAAUGGCCAAAAGCAACACAAAGAAUAGACUGACUUAUGCAAUCUCAGUGAACGCGUUCGGGUUAUGAUUGCCAUUAUGUUUUGAUCUGCAGCGAGAAGUUCUCCUACAAUAAAAAAAAUCUAGCAUUAAGAGAAGAUUAAGAUGGAAAAUGGCUCAACGUCAAAAAGUUUCCGACCCUAGCCCUGAGGUCAGGGCUUUGGCUACAGCUAACCCUAAGGUAUUGCGUUGUGAGUGCUACUGUCUAGACAUGCAUCAAUUGUUCGUUUGGGAGUUUUCCUGUGAAAAUUAACCUUUUUCACAAACAUUUUUAGUUUCCAUUGAAACUUGUUGGCAGCUUUGUCUGUUGAGCUCCCAGCACCUUCAGUCCUGUGGAGUCACCACUCUGUAGACCAGUCUAUUUUGUCUUUAAUUUGGAAUUUGUGUUUUGUAUGUCAUGCCUUCCAAAUCAUUUUAAAUUCAGUACUGUAAUGUGCUUUAUAGAUGUACAUCUGUGUAAUGUCGUCUCCAUGGUGUUUCUGUUUAAAAUCGUUUCCAUGGCAUCACCAAACGAUUGGUCUGUUUGGCCCCUUGAUGCUGCUAGACCAAAUGAGCGUGCUGAUUGGUUAAACUAAGAAUGACCUCUAAAAGUUGGUCUCUAAAUGAAAUGUACAUUUGUGCUCAGACACCAUGUCGGUGGUUGUAUUUAUAUAUUUUAAAAUAGUUUUUAUUUGUAUUUCUUUUUCUUAUGACUGUAGUGCUGUUUUUACCAUAGAUGUACAGUUUCUGUUCAUUGCUAGAUGAUUGUAUCUAACCUGUGUGUGUAAAUGCUGAUGUAUGUAGAUUACUGGAAGCCGGUGCUUCUUGGUGUUUAAUCUGACUCCUGAUAGAUGGGGUAGACAGACAGGGAGCCUACAUGGCAUGUUCCUACUGGCCAUUUGAGUCUCUGGUGACUGAAAACAGCUGCUGGUUAAUACAGGGUCCCCAGCUCCAUGUGUACCGGUGUCUAAGACAAGCCACCAUGCUAUUACAUCAACGCUAACAAUCAUCACAUUCAUGUUUGUCCUCAGUUUUAUAUGCUGUCUGUAAAUAUGGACAUCAUGUAUAUGAAUGAGUAGUAUUUUUAAAAUGUUUUAUAAAAGUAUUUACUAAUUCAA